CAGAAGGUGCAGUCCCCGCUCCUUCCAGGUGUAUAAGAUACACAGUGUCCUGGCUGAGCACACGUUGCAGGUACGCCGCUCGCUCACGCCCUCUGUAUAUUUUUAUCAUUGCUUUGACAGUUUAGUCAUAAUAAUAAUAAUUACUACUACGCCACAAGGCGAGUGCAGAGCUCAACCGGCUCAGUACCUGGCAGGACUGUCAGCAGAUCGGAGGUGUCUCCUUAUGGCGGCAGGUCAUACUACGGAUGAAGAUUUGGCUGAGAAAUAGCCUUGACUGGUAACCGAGUCUUGUCACCAUGGCCCCCCCAGCUGCCAUCCAACAUGAAGAGAAGGAUGGAGAAAAUGAGGACUUCUACACAUGCGUCCAAAUCCAUUUCAUGGGCCCCGCAACCAUCCCGGAACUCUGGACUGCUACUACUCUGCCCUACUAUUGGGGAGCACUGAAUAAGUACCAAGCGGACAUUCUCUUACUGGGCCACCCCGACGGAACGUUUCUCCUCCGAAACUCCUCCCAGGACGGUUGCGCCUUCGCGGUCACUUUCCGCCGUCAGGGCCGCACCCGUCACGCCCGUGUCCAGUACCGGGGCCAGCAUUUCAGCUUCCACUGGGGCAGUUUCCAUUCUCCUUCCGUCCGCCAUCUUUUGGAGCAUUACAAUGACCCCAGGUGCUGCACUUUUUUCGAGCCCCUCUUGUCCAGGCCAUUGAAUCGCUCCGACCCAUUGAGUCUCCAAGAACUUUGCCGGGCGACCGUCAACGCCGUCAUCCCAGCCGUGAGAAUUGGGCAGCUUCCCAUACCAAAGGCUAUGAAGGAAUACUUGGGGGAAUACCACUACACUGAGACCUUACCGGGGACCGAAGAGGAACCCUAGUGAUACCGAUUAUGUGCAACAACAUGGUUUCAACUAAGUAACAAAACUAAGACUAGCGGUGGUUGUAUAAAAGAUGCAGAAGCUGCGACUAAGAUUCCCAGGUGGACUUUUGGUGUUCUCCUUUGGCCGCUUUCCUACAGUCGAUUGUCCUGGCCCGACCACGGAUGAUCCAAACUAGGUUCUAUGAUGCUGUGAGCCAAGGUCAUGAAACCCACAGGCGGGCCAGGAUGCCCAGCCGUAAUAUGGCACAAAAAUGCACCCGCAAUACUCUCCUGUGAAACUGGCCUAUGGCACUGAUCUCUAACAGGUGGCUCUCUAGUCAUAAACUGGCAAAACUUUGUGGUGUAGAACAGUGGUC